CACACACACACACACACACACACACACACACACACACACACACACACACACACACACACACACACACACACACACACACCUACCUCUGUACCUCACCCUCCCCUCCAAGUGAGGCAGACACGGUAUUUUAUUGGACUAAGGCUUUAUUAUAAUUUCCAUUUGAUGUCACUUUAUUGUCAUUAUUAUUAUUUUUGCAAUGAAGAAGACAAAUAAACAAUUCAUUGAAUUUAAUUGAAUGUACACAAAAAGGUCUGUUGUUGCAACCCCACUCUGAUCUUAGACGCUUCACUGGCAUAAAUCCAGAGAGGGACAAAGGACAAAAGGACCGAGGUUGUCUCCAAGAACAAAGGUGUGAUCGUCCAGACGAAGUCUUCUGCAGUCAACACACACGUCUCAAUGCUGCUGUAUAUAUACUGUAUAUAUAUCUAUAUAUAUAUAUAGAUAUACACACACGUUGCACAUUGAAUGUAGGAUCACACUGGGAGAAGAAACCUGUCAGUUUGCCAGUUAUAUUAUUAUGAUGCCUGUUAAAUACAGUAUGUCAGUAAACUCAGUGAUAACGUGUCACUGACUUGUUUCCUGUUUUCACAGCUGAUUGUUUGUUCCAGCGUCAUGACGUCACGCCACUGUCAGAUAAACAUCAUUCACGUGCUGUUUCUAUUGUAGCGGCUGCUUCACCUGGAUGACCCCCCCCCCCCACACACACAUUUCUUUCUUUAUGUUCUUUAUUUGUGGUUAUGAACCAAGAGUUCCUCUCAUGUGAACAGCUGAUUCAUUCAUUCAUGAGUCAGUGAAGAUUCACACUUUGUGUCCGUGUAAAUGUAUAAUAUCAAUAUGUGCACGUGUAGGUUUAUUUAUGUGUAGAAUUAAUUUGAUGAAGUCUCGUGACAAGGACCUUAACGAGAAGAGUUUCCGGUAUGGGCAGAAACGGACUCGGUGCUGAUCCAGACUGACGUCAUCUCAUGUUUCUUUACCACCGAAGAAUAAAAAGUAAAUGAAUCUGGAUCCUGAGAAUAACGUCACUGACAGAGUCUGUGUGUUUACCGCCACAGAGAAGCUCCGUCAGUGCAGCUGAACGAAGCUCCAGCUGCAGAGCUCCGAGCCUCAGUCCGUCCCCACAUGUCUCUGCCUCCUGCCCCGCCGCUGUCUCCGCUGCUCCUCGGCCCUUGAGUCGCUUUAUGAGCCGGAAAGUGAAGAAAAGCGGCAGCGAGUUGGAGACAGUGAGAGUGUGUCAGAGAGGUCUGAAGCCUCCUGCAGUGAAACCACAGAGUCCUCGUGUCCACACAGGAGCUGCGAGGGACGGGGACACACUGUCCUCCGCGCGGCCACCGCACCUGUGUCCGCACACCUUUAUUUCCAGGCUGUUUGACGGACAAAACGUGGAGGAGAAAACACAAGUGGCGCCACGUUUGAGCGGCCGAGCGCCUUCACUCUCCACGGUUCUCAUGGCCGUUAUAAGUCCCGCCUCCUGCUCCGAGCCCGGACACCUUCAGAGAGACACAGCGCACCGAGACACACACAUGGCGGAAGAAGCUCCAGCAGCCGCCCCGGCUAAAGCCCCGGCCAAAGCCCCGAAGAAGAAGAGCGCUCCCCGGCCCAAGAAGGAGGGACCCAGCCUCCCGAAGCUGAUCGUCAGCGCCGUGGCCGAGUCCAAGGAGCGCAAGGGGAUGUCGCUGGCGGCGCUCAAGAAAGCUCUGGCCGCCAGAGGCGUCGACGUCACCAAGACCAACAAGCGCGUCAACACCGCCGUCACCAAGCUGGUCACCAAAGGCACCCUGGUCCAGACCAAAGGCACCGGGGCUUCCGGCUCCUUCAAGCUCGCAAAGUCCGAGCCCAAAGCCGCCAAACCGGCCAAGGCGGUGCUGAAGAAGAAGCCCGCCGUCAAAGCCAAGAAGCCCGCGGCCAAGAAAGCUCCGGCAAAGAAACCCGCAGCGGCCAAGAAGGCGGCGGUCAAGAAGUCCCCGAAGAAAGCUCCGGCCAAGAAGCCCGCCAAGAAGCUGCCCAAGAAGAGCCCCAAGAAGAGCCCCAAGAAGGCGGCCGUCAAGAAGCCAAAGGCCGCCAAGAAGCCCGCGGCCAAGAAAGCUCCGGCAAAGAAACCCGCAGCCAAGAAGGCCAAGAAGUGAAGUGGACCCGACCCGAACCGGAUCAACCAAAGGCUCUUUUAAGAGCCACCACAGACUCUGCAGAGCAGCUCCUCCACUCUGAGGUGUUUAUUUUGACAGUCACUUACAUAAAGGUAAAGACAACAUGUUGAUAUCGGCUCUGGACAGGAAGUGAAUAUUCUCAGGAAAAGUUCAGACUUGUUGUGACGUCACAUGAACAGGAAGAGAUUUGCAUUAAAAACAAAUCUAUACAAAUGUUGAGUAGGAGGUUCAGGACGGAUUCACCAACUCUAUGAGCAUCAGGUGAGGAGAUCAGGAACACACCUGGGCUGCAGGUGCUGAAAUGACAGUAAAGGUUAAAUUUAACAACAAAUCAAAUAUUCUCAUCAUGUCCUGGGCCAAUCAGUGAUAAGGAGAGGAAAAAGUGAUUGAUAAAGUGACGGAGGCUUUAAAAGAAAAAACAG